CACCGGACAGACCACCGGAGGACUCUGCAGACAUGAUGAAGACUUUGCUCUGGAGUCUGCUGUGCUGCGCCGCGCUGCUGCUGCCUGAUGCCCGGGCCACACACCCUCUCAAUGCCGGGGACCCGCGGCUGAUCUCCGCACAGAGCUACGCACAAACACGACUCAAUGGCCGACCCCCGAUCAGGACCCUGAACCCAGAAAGCCACAGAAGUGCUUACACGUAUAGAGGAGGGUAUCACUACCACUACCAGCCACCAAGGAUCCCUCCACCGGUAGUGUAUAGACCUUUUCCUAUGUCUCCUCCACUGACCUACCACAGACCCUCACACCCCAUGCCCCCAUACCACCACAGAUUCACCGGCCCAGUGACUCCACGUAUGCAUCACAUUUACAAAGGUCUAUCUCCACCAGUAGUUCACCACCCUCAUCACAGGCUCAAAGGCCAGUUCCCUCACACAUUGAAAGGUCCCUGCCUCAUAAAGACAGACCCAACAGUGCAACCAGCGCCUGUGGUUCCCCUUCCUUCAACUCAACCUCCACCUCCACCAGAGCCGACACUACAGCCAACUCUGCCAGCAACGACAGUGACCACCAUGCUGCCGGUGGUGGUGACCACUGUGCCGCCGGUGGAGACCCCCGCUCCUGUGACGCUACCGGUCAGUACCCAAAGCGGCUUCAUCACCACCGUCAGUCCUGAGACAGAGACAGACUCUCAGUGCAUGAGCCGUCCCCUGGACCUGGUCUUUAUCAUUGACAGCUCUCGCAGCGUGCGUCCCGGUGAGUUUGAGAAGGUGAAGAUUUUCCUGGCUGACAUGGUCGACACCUUGGACGUUGGCGCAGAAGCCACCAGAGUGGCCGUGGUCAACUACGCCAGCACGGUCAAGAUCGAGUUCGUCCUCAAAAACUACUUCAACAAACCCGACAUGAAGAAAGCCAUCACCCGCAUCGAGCCCUUGGCGGCCGGCACCAUGACAGGCCUCGCCAUCAAGACCGCGAUGAAUGAAGCCUUCACCGAGGAGUCCGGAGCCAGACCGCGCUCCAGGAAAAUCACAAAGGUGGCCAUCAUUGUGACAGACGGGAGGCCCCAGGACCAGGUGGAGGAGGUCUCGGCCGCAGCCAGGGCUUCAGGCAUCGAGAUCUACGCUGUCGGGGUGGACAGGGCCGACAUGCGCUCCCUGCAGCAGAUGGCCAGCACCCCCCUGGAGGAGCACGUCUUCUAUGUGGAGACCUACGGCGUCAUCGAGAAGCUCACCUCCAAGUUCAGAGAGACCCUGUGCGAGGUGAGGGCGGUGGUGGUGGAGGAUCCCUGCAAAUGUGAAGCCCGACUGAUGUUCGCCAAGCAGACCCAGGCCGCCCUGCAGCAGCUCACAGCCAAGCUGGCCGAUGUGUCUGGGAGGAUCGAGCGUCUGGAGAACAUUGUGGGCCGUAUUUAAGAGCUGCGCACUGUGAAACAGCUCGCCGGUUUACUUCCUGGACACGGACAUGAGCUUCCUGUCAUCCAGCCUCCCAUAACUACUGUACGGACGUCAGACACAGAUGGAGUGAAGCCGUGAUUCAUAAACCAAUACCCCUCAAGCUACUGACUGUAGUGGACUGUUGAGCUAAAAUAUAUGCGGUUUAAUGAGCAUUUAACUACAGUUUAAUGUGCAUUUAACUACAGUUAUUAUUCUAUUUCCUAUAUAUAUAUGUGAGCAUGUAUAAGUAUAAGUUAUCCUGUACUGUAUUGUAUGUGUCCUGUUUGUACAAAGUUGCAUAUUGUAUAUAGUAGUGUUUAUAUAAUUGAUUUAUUGGAUGAAUUUAGUGACAGAUUUCAAUGGAAAAAAAUAUGACAUUUGACUACAUUUUUGCAUAUAUUUGUUUGUUAUAGACUCUCUGUUACAGCUUAACUUAAUCACUUGUCAUGGAUAACAAUUGUUAGUAGUCUGUGAAAGAUAUGAAAUGAAAAAUAAUGUUUGCUAAUAUUUAUAAAUGUAACCAGGCAGACCAAU